AUGUAUGAUAAGAAGGCAAGUUAUAUCAACAAUCAAAGGGAGGGUUCUCGGCCAAAUAACCAAGGUCCUAAUCAAGGAUCUUGGCGGCAAGGUCAAGGGAAUCAAGGUUGGAACAAGGAUCAAGGUAACUCGAGUUGGAGAGAUAAUCGCGACAACAACCAUGGGGGUUACAACAACAACUACAACAAUCAUCGGAGUUCAAAUUCGUAUGUCCCUUCAAAGGGAAAGAAACAAAACUCUAGUCAACCACCUACUAGCGACCUCGCUAGUUCAAAAAUAGAAGAUAUGUUGUCAAAAGAGUUGAAGAAAGUGAAAUCCACCGAUACCUUUUGCAAGAAGAUGAGAGAUGAAGUGAAAUCAAUGAAGCAAGUUGUAAGUUCUCACUCCACCUCCAUUAAACAAUUGGAGUCUCAACUUAGCCAAAUCUCGGCUAUCCUCAACCAAAGACAAAAAAACACUCUCCUUAGUGAUACGGUUGCAAAUCCAAGGAAUGAUGGAGAUCAUAAAUAUAAUACAAUCACUACUAGGAGUUGCAAAACACUUAGGGACGAGGCAUUGGUGAAAGAUGAUGUGGUGGUUGAUGAUGAGAAAAUCGUUGAAGAACCCAUCGUUGUUGAGGAAGAAGCGACUCCAAAAAAGAAGCGUCCAAAAAUUGAUGAAGCUCCAAAAGUCAAGGAAGCGGUAGAGGAGGUGCUAAGGGCUUCACCGCCCAUUCCAGAGCCUCCUCCUUUAUUUCCUCAACGAUUGGUAAAGAAAGCGGAUGAUGGAAAAUUUCUCAAGUUUAUAGAGAGAUUGAAAGGGCUUUCAAUUAACAUUCCCUUGGUGGAAGCACUUGAGCAAAUGCCCGGUUAUGCCAAAUUCAUGAAAGAUCUUGUAACCAAGAGGAGGCAUUAUAGUUUUGAAACGAUGGGAGUUACACAUCAUUGUAGCUCUAUUUUGACAAAGGCCUUGGUUCAAAAGAAAGAGGAUCCGGGAGCUUUUACCAUCCCUUACACAAUUGGAAUGUAUAAAUUUGGCAAAGCACUAUGUGAUCUUAGAGCAAGCAUUAACUUGAUGUCGCUUACUAUUUUCAACAAAUUAGGGUUGGGCACUCCUCGACCUAUAAUAAUGAGAUUACUAAUAGUGGAUAGAACUGUGAAAAGACCUGUUGGUAUCCUAUAUGAUCUGCUUGUGAGGGUUGAUCGAUUCAUUUUUUUUGGCCGAUUUUGUGAUCUUGGAUUGUGA